UCGAAAGAAGUGCUGUUAGCAUUUCCAUAUCUACUUACUUACAAAUCUGGCAUCUCGCUAGAGCUGUUUGACCUUGUAUAUGAUAGUAUGUUGACAACUAUGGGGAUAUCAGGGGCCACCAACAACAUUGUUCGCCGUCGACAGAAGCGGUACUACACCCUGUUAGCUGGUGCCGCAACCGAGAUAGAGAAACGCAAGCGAGCCGACCCCCACUACAGUCAGCCUUUGCUUCUCUCGGUGGAGCAGUAUAUGACAGAUCACGGGUGCCUUGACAGCGAGGUCAUCCAAAAAUUGUGGCUUACGCAAACUGCAGUGUGCAGUACGUUGGUGGAAGCUCACAUGGCGUCUGCGGAGUGCGCUAAAGUACUUAGGGUGGACCACUCGCAAAAGUUUUGUAGCAAGCUGAAGGUGUUUGGCGCAGAUGGAAGCAAAGAACAAGUGGCUAGCGUGCGCAUGUUGUUGCUUGUCCAGAAUGAAGUGCGUCAGUUGCUCGCGCGGGGUCUGACAAAGUCUGAAAACCAUGAAAAAACUACCGCUAUUUGCAGCCAAUUGCAAACAAGCUGGCCUCCACUUCUCAUAUUGAGCGAUUUUGUGUUGGUGAAACAAGACCCUUUUCACGUUAUUCAGAGAUUGACUGAGAAAAUAAGCGAUUCGGUGAAGCGACAGUGGUUAUCUAAGAGACUUUCUGAAGGUUUGUACGACGUGGAGGGAAAGCUUCGAUCUCCAGAUGUGAUGGAGCGCAUGUUCACCGCUGCCUUGGCUACAAUGAAUCCAUCGGAUAUCCGUGUUUCAAGUAGCGAAUGGGAAGGCUGCGUCAAAAGUAAUUUAGAGCAGAUUCGUACUGGGGACCUGUUUGUAGAGACGAGCACUAUUAUAUUGCGAAGGAGGUUGCUCUGUCCGAGUCGUCUCUACCAGUCAGCUGGAGGCUAUACAUUCCAAGCUUCGCAAGCUACUGGACCGUGUAGUGUCCAUCGAAGUCGGUCUACGAAUUCUGGACAUCUUUCUUCUGCAGGUACAGCCGCAAACUCUUCUCUUAUCCAUUAA